GAGUUCAUCGUCGAGGUCAUAGUGCAGCAAGAGGCGCAGGAUGCGGAGAACACCAACGUGCUGACGAACAUGCGCUUGCUGAGAAUCUUGCGGGUCGCCAAGAUCACGCGAGCCUUUCGCAUCGUUCGCCUGGUUCGCUUCAUCCGCUCUUUGCGGACUCUGCUGCUCUGCAUCGGCCGCACCCUGCGAGCCAUGGCAUGGAGCGCAGUCCUCCUCUUCUUGAUCAUCUUCUUGUUUGGCUUGAUCUUCACCGACAUCUCGACCGAGCUUCCUGGAGCGGAGGCCAUGCGCAAGUUCUUUGACCACGUUUUGCAAUCGUAUUCGCAUCCAUCAGAGUGGUACCAGAGUUUCAUGGUGUUGUUGCCCAAAACCUGCGCACCGCUGCUCCCAAAAGAAUUGCGCCCGAUCUGCCUGACCAGCCACCUGAGCAAGACCUUUGCGCGGCUGGUUAUGAACAGGAUUAUGGCAGAAGUUCAGCCUCGACUCCCGCAUCAGUGCUGUGCAAAACAUAGACAAUCCACUGACUAUAUAUGGACAAUGCAGAGAGUCAUGCAGAUCAGUCACGAGUGGGGCACUCCCAUCUGUGCUAUUAAGCUUGAUUUGGAGAAGGCUUUUGACCGCCUCGACCGCAUUGGCCUAGCCUCCCUCAUUGUCUCCAAACUGGGAACGUCGCACCCCACCGAGGUCAAGAACCUGCUCGCAAUGCUGAGGGAAGGGGGCGCUUGUAUCCCAACAAUCUGGGGAGAAGGACACACCGACAUGAAUUCGGGAGUUCGGCAAGGAGGGGUGGAGUCUGCAACCUUGUUCGCGUGGGUCAUAUCGGUGGUGAUUGAAGAGCUCGAUGCGCGGGCGCCGCCGGGAGGUUGGGCGACUGCUUGCCCCUUGGAGGAGCAGGCAUACAUGGAUGACCUGUUGUUGUGGGAUGGCCAGUUGGCCAGGCUACAAACUAGGCUGGGCAUUUUGCAGUCCAUCCUUGACAAAUAUGGUUUGCGCAUCAACCCAUCCAAAAGCUCGCUUCUCUGCAGUGGCAAUGUGGGGGGGACACACCUGAGCUUGUUGGGACACCGCAUCGAAGCCCUUAAACCGUCCGAAGCGCCUUGGGAGGUCAUGGGGUUGCCUGUGUUUCCGGGGGUCAAGGAGUCUGAGGUGGUGGCGGCAUUGAUUGCGAAAGCCCGAAACAAGUUCUAUGCAGCACAGGAUGUCCUUUGUUCUAGAGCGCCGAUCCAACAGAGGAUGAGGCUUUUAGAUCGCAUUAUUUGGCCAGCUAUGUCGUGGUGCAUUGGAGCGAUCUUUCCUACACAGUCCGCAAUCGUUCUCAUUAACGACUUUCAUGUGCAUUGCGUGGGGCUGAUGGCGAAGUUUCAUAGAAUGCCUGAUGAUUUGUUUAUUGUUUCCGUCAGAGGGCUGUCCGAGGAUCGCGCCAGCUUAUACAUGCUAGUGGGAGGGAGCGGUGGGGUACCAGAUUUCUUCGGUGCUUCUGGUCCUAUGCUGGACAUCGCGCUAGAGCUCUCUACCAGGCCUUGCCUACGUCUGCUGGACUUCUUACUGGUUUCAGAAAAUAUUCAUGGUGGAAGCAGGAACAGCUGUCCACGGUAG